CUCAGAGCUCCAUGCCCGGAGGAGGUGGUUACAUUGUGUCUAUUGUAUCCCGGGGCUUGUGUGUUUGUACAUUUCUUAGGACGUGAAAUUGAGAGUGAAAAGCAUGGCAGAUGAGCAAGAAAUCAUGUGCAAAUUGGAAAGCAUUAAAGAGAUCAGGUAAACGUGUGGGAGGUGGAAAGAAGGAAGGAGCAAACGAAAGGGCAGAAGGAACUGGAUAAAGGAACUAAGGAACAAGACCCUGCAGAUGGAGAAGAUCAAGGCCCGUUUGAAGGCUGAGUUUGAGGCUCUUGAGUCAGAAGAGAGGCACCUGAAGGAAUACAAACAGGAAAUGGACCUCUUGCUACAGGAGAAGAUGGCCCACGUGGAGGAACUCCGACUGAUCCAUGCUGACAUCAAUGUGAUGGAAAAUACCAUCAAACAGUCUGAGAAUGAUCUAAACAAGCUGCUAGAAUCUACCCGGCGGCUACAUGAUGAGUAUAAACCACUGAAGGAACAUGUGGAUGCCCUGCGCAUGACUUUGGGUCUGCAGAGGCUCCCUGACCUAUGUGAAGAGGAAGAGAAGCUCUCCUUGGAUUACUUUGAAAAGCAGAAAGCAGAAUGGCAGACAGAGCCUCAGGAGCCCCCCAUCCCUGAGUCCCUGGCCGCUGCAGCCGCUGCCGCCCAACAACUCCAAGUGGCUAGGAAGCAGGACACUCGGCAAACAGCCACCUUCAGGCAGCAACCCCCACCAAUGAAGGCCUGCUUGUCAUGUCAUCAGCAGAUUCACCGGAAUGCACCUAUAUGCCCUCUGUGCAAAGCCAAGAGUCGGUCCCGAAACCCCAAAAAGCCGAAACGGAAGCAGGAUGAAUGAAGAGAGAGAGAACACAUAGAGUUCUGCUGCUCAUAACCCCUCCCCUUGGCCAGAGUAAUUGAUGUCCUGAUGUGAAACAACCCUUCCCCACCUCUACCAAGUCUCCUAUUUAAUGUGAUGGAAGCACAACCCCUGUCUCACUUUGCUCUUACUUCUUUUUCUUCUUGGGGUUUUUGAUUUAGGAAGAGAUGUGGUUCAGGUGCUAUUGACAGUGUCUCUGAUGAUCCCUUCUCUCCCACCCACAUUUCAACCCAUGCCAUUGUUUGGAACUGAGGGAAGGGCAGAAGGCACAGAUGUGAUUCUCUGUCUCCUGUGUCUGAGGGCUGGAGGAGGCCCAUAUCUUAUUUCAGGUGCAGGCUCCAGUGUGCCCCCUCCCUGUACUUUUGCCUUAGGCUCUGAAGGGAUAACAGUCUUCUUGCUGGACUUUCCAAUAGGCUUGGUGCAUGUAUGUCCCCCAGCCACCUCUCACUCUUAUCUCAUCUUCAAGGCCAAGAGGUAGCUUAGACAAGCCCUCCUUUUCAUAUUCAUUUUGGAGGCCUGGCUGUUUAUUAUUGAGUUCACACCCCUCCUCGCCAGUCUCCCAUAUAUACUAAAGUUCUCAGGUACCAGGCUAUUUGUCUGAGGGUCCUGAGAUCUGUGGGCCUUUCCCCCAUGACCCUAGUUUUAGCAAAUCAGUAGUAGACGUUCUCCACAGCAAGAUCAGGGACCCAAACCCACUCCUCAAGUCCUGCCUAACUCUGCUGCCUAAGUCAUUGGGCUGAGGGCUCUACUGUAGGGGUACCUUAGGCUGAGAGGGUCCCCAGGCUUAUAUCUGCAUUACCUUUUGUUCAAAACCAUUACUCUGGCACUUACUCAGUGGGAUAUUUUAGGGGUCAGGGGAGUGAGUUGAGAUUCAAGUGAGUGCCAAUCCCUUUACACACGCAGGGACUUUCUCUCCAUUCCCUCCCUCUCUUGGAUCUCCCCUCUUCUAUAAGGCAGCCUCAGCUCAGGUCAUCUGCUUGGCCACCCCCUUUUCUGUAGAUUGUGCAGGUGGCCUUCCCUCCCAAAAGAAAAGGCACCGCGCUCCCCAAGCCCUACAGCUCUCCCCUGCGCCAAAGCCAGAUCUCUAGUCAAACCACGCUCAGACUUAUGGGACAGGGAUGGGGGUUUUUCAGCUGACUGAAAAAGCUUUUGCUUCAGGUCACAGCCCCUGGCUGUGGGGAGGGGGGCAUAUUUUUCCUUCCUUCCUUAAUUGUAGUUUUAAGUUUCCACAGUGUCUGUGUGUUCAUAAUAUAAAAAGUUCCUCUGCUCUUUGAAAGUAAGAGUGCUAUGUCUGUACAAAUCCUUUUAAAUAAACAUUUGUUCAUUGGAGUAAA